AUGGAUGCUGCGGGAAGGGGCUGCCAUUUGCCGCCCCUGCCAGCGGCGCGCGGACCUGCUUGCUCUCCUGCGGUGGCAGCAGCCGUCAGCGCCGACCGCCGGCCCGGCCUCUGCAGCGGCGGCGCCUCGGCUCCCUCUGCGGCCGCCGGAGCGGUCGCCAUGAACCCCAGCUCCUCGGCGGGAGAGGAGAAGGGGGCGACGGGCGGCAGCAGCAGCAGCGGAAGCGGCGCCGGGAGCUGCUGCCUGGGCGCCGAGGGCGGCGCGGACCCGAGGGGCGCGGGGGCAGCGGCGGCCGCUGUCCUGGAAGAGCCCGGGGCCGCCGGCCCGAAAGAGAAGGACGAGGCACUGGAGGAGAAGCUGCGGAACUUAACUUUCCGGAAGCAGGUCUCUUACAGGAAAGCAAUCUCUCGAGCAGGCCUGCAGCACUUGGCUCCUGCGCAUCCCCUCAGCCUUCCUGUUGCAAACGGUCCAGCGAAGGAGCCCAGAGCGACUCUGGACUGGAGCGAAAAUGCCGUGAACGGAGAGCACCUGUGGCUGGAGACCAACGUCUCGGGAGACCUGUGCUACCUGGGGGAGGAGAGCUGCCAAGUCAGAUUUGCAAAAUCCGCUCUCAGGAGGAAGUGUGCGGUCUGUAAGAUUGUCGUCCAUACCGCCUGCAUUGAACAGCUAGAAAAGAUUAAUUUCAGAUGUAAACCAACUUUUCGAGAAGGAGGUUCAAGAUCACCAAGAGAAAAUUUUGUGCGUCACCAUUGGGUGCACCGGCGUCGGCAGGAAGGAAAGUGUAAGCAGUGUGGGAAGCUGUUACAGAAAAAGUCUAAUUUUGCACCAAAAGAAAGUGUAGCUUUAGGAUGCUCAAGGUGUUCUCAGUCAUUUCACAAUAAGGUGACCUGCUUCAUGCUGCAUCAGAUUGAGGAACCCUGCUCCCUGGGGGCGCAUGCUGCUGUUAUUGUUCCGCCCACCUGGAUCAUUAAGGUGAAGAAACCUCAGAACUCCCUGAAGGCGUCCAAUCGGAAGAAGAAGAGAACAAGCUUUAAAAGAAAAGCCAGCAAAAGAGGAACCGAACAGGAAAACAAAGGUCGUCCUUUUGUGAUAAAACCUAUCUCUUCUCCGCUCAUGAAACCUUUGCUUGUGUUCGUGAACCCCAAGAGUGGAGGCAACCAGGGAACCAAAGUCCUGCAGAUGUUCAUGUGGUACCUGAAUCCACGGCAAGUCUUUGACCUUUCUCAGGAAGGACCGAAAGAUGCGCUUGAGCUGUAUAGGAAGGUACCAAACCUGCGGAUUCUGGCCUGUGGUGGGGAUGGAACGGUGGGCUGGAUCCUUUCCAUCCUGGAUGAACUGCAGCUGAGUCCUCAGCCUCCUGUCGGGGUCCUUCCUCUGGGGACCGGGAAUGACCUGGCUCGGACUCUCAACUGGGGAGGGGGCUACACUGAUGAGCCGGUUUCUAAGAUCCUUUGCCAAGUAGAAGAUGGGACGAUUGUACAGCUGGAUCGCUGGAACCUCCACGUGGAAAGAAAUCCAGACUUGCCUCCUGAAGAACUGGAAGAUGGCGUGUGUAAGCUUCCUCUGAAUGUUUUCAAUAACUACUUCAGCCUUGGAUUCGAUGCGCACGUCACAUUGGAGUUCCAUGAAUCCAGAGAAGCAAAUCCAGAGAAAUUCAACAGUCGAUUUCGAAAUAAAAUGUUCUAUGCAGGGGCAGCUUUUUCUGAUUUCCUACAGAGAAGCUCUAGAGAUUUAUCCAAACAUGUUAAAGUUGUCUGUGAUGGGACUGAUCUUACCCCAAAGAUCCAGGAACUGAAGUUCCAGUGUAUAGUAUUUUUAAAUAUACCCAGAUAUUGUGCUGGCACAAUGCCCUGGGGGAACCCAGGAGAUCACCAUGACUUUGAACCUCAGCGUCAUGAUGAUGGUUAUAUUGAAGUCAUUGGAUUCACCAUGGCAUCUUUG